UGUUUUUUGGUUUAACAGAAAAAGUGAAUCAGGAUAUUGGAUGGACAAUAAAACUGAAGGAGUCCUUCAUUUAUAUUUAGCUGCUCUCUCUCUCUUUCUGUUUAUUUCUCCCUCACCCUCUUCUUCUCUCUCAGAUUAUCUCCAUCAUCCUGCCUAGGCUGAGAUGUCGACUCCAGAAGGAGGAGCUGCUUCAGGGGCCCCGGAGGGCGAAGGAGGCCCUCCGGCUCCGGCCCCAAACCUGACCAGCAACAGACGCCUGCAGCAGACUCAGGCUCAGGUGGACGAGGUGGUGGACAUCAUGCGUGUGAACGUGGACAAAGUCCUGGAAAGAGAUCAGAAGCUGUCAGAGCUGGACGACCGGGCCGAUGCCUUGCAGGCCGGAGCCUCGCAGUUCGAGAGCAGCGCUGCAAAACUCAAGAACAAGUACUGGUGGAAGAACUGCAAGAUGAUGAUCAUCAUGGCGAUCGUAGGCAUUAUAUUUGUGGGCGUCAUUUUCUUGUAUUUCUUCUACUGAGCUGCUCUUCAGGGACGAACGCACAACUCACAGGACGAGUCUGAACCGAGAUCCUGCCGAGACAAAUCCAGCCUCUCCUCAGCUGCUCUUGGUCCUCCUUCCUCUUCCUCCAUGAUGCCUUCCUCUCAAACCUCCGUGCAUGAUCUGUGUUGUUCUCCACAAACUCCUCCUUCUGCUGCUCCAGUUCAGGUCACCUGACUUUCAGUAGCAGCUGUGAUCAUUUUUCUGUUCGCUGGGAGUCUGAGGGAUUUAAUCACAUCAGGACAGUUUGCAGAAAAGUGAACCAAACAGACUUUUUCUUUCUUGUGUAAAAAUCUUUAACCCACAUUUGUUCAACAGUCCAAAAUGAAAGAAGCCUCCUGAUGCUGUCAGUUUAUCAGUAGUUCUUAGAGGAGAAACUAAAACCAAAUAGUCGCUUUACUUCACUUCUUUACUUUCUUGCUAUCUGAGUUUUAAAACAAGACUUUGACUGUUUGGGUCAAUUUAUAAUUGCGGUACUUUUUGUAUCAUAGUUGACAUAUUUGCUGUUUUCAGGCCUAAAAUCAACAUGGCCGCCUAUAACCAAACGCCACAGGGCAUUUUAGAGAAAGAUUCUUCUAAAUAUUAUAUAUACAACUGAGUAAAAUUGAAAUUGAAAGUUAUAUAUAAAGAUACUGCAGUAAAUCUGUUGACUACUUUACAUUAAAUAAGUCAGAAAGCCUUGGAGUCUGGCCAGUCUUUUCUUCAGGAGGAAAUGACAUCAUGUGGAGCAGGUCAUGUGAUCUGGAAUUAACACACUUCCUGGAGAGGUGUUUAGUAAUGGGGAACUUAGUGGAAAGUGAUUUCUAGGACACAGAAACAAUCUGUUAUUUUCCAUAUAAAAUUUGAUUCCAUAUUUCCAAAAAAGAAAUAUUUGUCAUGAUUAUUUCAACUUAAUAAAAAGAACACAAUCCAAACUAUUUCUGAAUAAACUCAUUUUAAUUUUGUUCAGCUCAUUAGAAGGUGGUUGUUAUUAAAUUCAGACGGUUAUUUAGUUGACAUUUUAGUGAUUUCCAGUAAUUUUUUAUUAAUAAGUGAUUGUUUCCAUAAUAAAUAAUUAUGGAAUUUGUAAAGACAUGAUCAAAAUGAAAAUAAAAACAUUACUUUUUUUUAUUUUAAUGAAAAUAUCCAUCCAUCCAUUAUCUAUACACCACUUAAUCCUCAUUAGGGUCAUGGGGGGGGCUGGAGUCUAUCCCAGCUGACUCAGGUGAAGGCAGGGGACACCCUAGACAGGUCACCAGUCUGUCACAGGGCUACAUAUAUAGACAAACAAUCACUCUCACAUUCACACCUACGGGCAAUUUAGAAUGAUCAAUUAACCUCAGCAUAUUUUUGGACUGUGGGAGGAAGCCGGAGUACCCGGAGAAAACCCACGCAUGCACAGGGAGAACAUGCAAACUCCAUGCAGAAAGAUCCCGGGAAAGCCGGGACGCAAACCAGGGAUCUUCUAGCUGCAAGGCGAAAGUGCUAACCACUACACCACUGUGCAGCCCUAAUGAAAAUAUAUGCAAGAUAUAUCCCAUGGACUUCAAAAGUCCCUCAAUUAUAUAUUGACCCAUUUGCUGUGUCGUGGUUUUAAACAGAUUUCAGGCUAAAUAUCUGGAAAAAAACACAGCAUCUAGUAAAUCAGUGGCACUUAUCAGAUAAAUUGUCAUCUUCACACAAUUUUGUGCUCUGCAGCAGUAAAAAAUUUCACUUUGGCUUAAGAAUACCUGGAAAUUCUAUGUAGAAAAUGUAUCUGAAAUGACCAAAAUUAAAUUUGUUGUAUUCGUUUAUUUGUUCAGGAGAAUUUAGAGUUGGUUGGUCUAAAAGGUGUUGACUUCACAGCAGACAGGUGGUUAGAACUGUUUGAACAGGAAGUUUAUUUUUCUUACAACAUUUAUAGAGAAGUCGUCCCAGUAAAAGCCGGAAUUAGUGAUUUUUAUCUCAAAUUUAUUCCUAAUAAAAUAAAAUGCAAGAGAUCUGUAUAAGAUUGGAGAAAAGCUGUUUUAUCAGCAAGGUUUAUAGAAAAUAUAAUGAAGUAAAGAUUUUAGAAAGUGUGCUUAAGUGUGUGCACAUGAUAGAGUUAAAUAUCAUCUGCAUACAUGGCUAAGGACUGUCAAUCAAAAUGGAUUCCAGUUAAUUAUCCCAAACCUACAGACGGAUAGGAAGUCUGGAUAGGCUCAUAGUGUCAGACACAGGUCACAGUUAUGAUAAAUGGCCAAAUAUAACAAGAAAUCCUGUUUGUUUUCUUUAUUAUACAGAUUAUAAUCUGCCUGUAAAAGGACUGAAACAGUGAACAUGUAUUUUCUCUCUCCUGUGUUUUCCAUCUGUCCUCCCUCAGCCUUUUCCGUCCUGUACUCAUGUUUUUCUGUCAGCGUUGCUGCUACUGCUGCUAAUUUAAUUCCACUUUGAGCAGAAAAUUCACCUCCUGGAUAAACAUGACUGGAAUAAUUUAGAUAUUUCUUUUCUGUUCGUCUGCCCAGCUUCAGUUUCGACUUAAGAUGCAGUGUUUCUUUUUGUUGUGUUGUGAACCGACCUGACUUGUUUUCUGUGGUUUGAAUGUGCAACAUGUGUCUUUGUUCUUUCUGGUUCCUCUUUACAUGAAUGAAAACGUAGAAUGUGAGUUUACUGUAGAUAUUAAAGCACUCAUUAUUUAACAUGGAGGGAUAAAUAAUUGCAUUUAAGACUGAAUGGUUAAAGUUUGAAGUGGAAUUCAGGAUCAGAGCUGCUUCUGUCCUGCUGGAUGUUCUUAAGAUGUUGAGAAUGUUCUUAGAAUUCAAAUAAAUUCAUGUUUGCAACAGA